GGAGGCCCGUGGCGGGUCAGAGGCGCGGCGGGAGCGGGCGGCGCCUUGGGGCCGCGGGCGCUGACACCCCAGCUUUGAGGACAGACGUUUCCAAGCUGCUCCCCACGCCGGACACCGAGGCCUCCAGGCCGCCGGGCAGCCGGAGCCGGGGGUCUCCGGACGAGCGGGGUCUCCUGGAGCCCCCGGGGCCGGAGCUCAGGGCGGAGCCGGACACCGAAGCCCACAAGCGACCCCCAGACCCCGACAUCGGGAUCCUGGGGCCGGAGAGCAGAGGCUCGGGGCGGGACGCGGCUGGUCCGGGGUCCCGGGCCGGGUCUGAACCAGGCGUCCCGCCGCGUGCUGAGACCCCGGCCCCUGGCCCCGCCCCGGCCCCCGCGGCGCCGCCCAUGGAGACGCCCAUCGAGCGCGAGAUCCGCCGCAGCUGUGAGCGCGAGGCGAGCCUGCGCCGGAGCCGGGGCCUGAGUCCGGGCCGCGCCGGCCAGGAGCUCGUGGAGCUGCGCGUGCGGCCGCUGCUCAGCCGGCCGGACCCGGGCCCCGCGCGGCCCCGCGCCCUGGAGCGCGCGCGGGCCGGCGCCAGGAUGCGGCGCGACGUGGAGCUCGAGGCUGGGCGGCAGGCGGCGCUCGUGCGCCCCGCGGCCCCGUCGCUCGGCGCGCGCCCCGCCGCCCCGCCGCCCCCGCCGCCGCUGCGGGAGCUCCGGCGCUUCUUCGAGGCCGCGGCCGGGGACCCCGCGCUGGCCCGCGCCCCGCCGGCCGACGCCCCGUCUUUGCUGGAGCUGGAGGUGCGCGAGGCGCUGGAGCGCGAGCGGGAGCUGCAGCGCCAGCGGCGGGACGUCUACGGCACCUCCGAGUUCGGGGAGCCCGCGCCCAGCCUCACCGCCAGCAGGGGCAAUGGAAAGUUGGCGGUGAUCUGGCCACCUCGCAGGAAGGCCUCGGAGAACGUCCUGGACCAGAAGGGGCGCAAACCUUGAGGUUUGUGACUGGGACGCCUGGCAGGAAGAACCAGGAUGGGGACGACCGUCGGAGGAGCGAGUCGGGCGCCCUGUGGCACCCUCAGGAAGGCUUGCAGAAGAUGGGGUUCCCCCCUCCCCGGGAACGUGCAAUCGACCGGCCCGCCCUUCACCUUGACUUGGGGAACUUGAGUGUGCGCUGGGAAAAUAACCAGCGCUUGUCAGCCUGGUGGAAGAAGAAACACCGCCCUGGGGCGGGGCCGGGGUCACCCCACGCCCCACCGCACAAAUAAAGCCCUGCCUCUCCGCAGCA